GCGCAGAAACCUUUACAGAGACAGACAUCAACAACAUCUCGUUAACGCAAGUAGAACUAGAAUACUUCAAAAGGAAGGAAGCAAUGAGAAGGGACUGCGCCCACCUCGACAUCUCCACGGUGGCCAGAGACACUAGCCAUAAGUUCAGCAAAAACAGCCCCUUCCUACCGCUUGCCUCAAGCACGUGGACGGAAAAGGUUGUUCAACGUGUACAUGACCGAAUAUGGAAGUUGGACACGUUUAACUAUACUGCACCAAUCAGUGUUGAUGCCUACAUGACACUUGCCGGCCUGAGCAGUGCAGAUAUACUGAACUGCCGAACUGCGGCCAAAAACGCCACAAUCCACUUCCCUGUCGGAAGAGCUGGAUUGGACGUUGACUUCCCGCUGAUGUCCAAACUGGAGAAGGGCAAAUGUCCGCAGAAGCCGCUGCUGCACCAGAAAGGCAUCCCCAGGUUUCCAAUGGACCUGCUAGAACUCAAGAAAUUGUGGAACGCCGGGAGACGCUUUCUCAAAUGUGCAUGCACAGGAUGUGAGGUAAACUUCAUAUGGCCGGAUCACAUGCUCUGGUACGUCAUCGGCAACCUUGACAAAUUGGACCCGCAUGCACCUUCAGACAAGAUCAAGAUGCUCGAGUUCCAUGCCUUGCUGCACACCACAUGGAGAAAGUCGAUCCUGGCUCAGAUCACGUUCCUCUUCAUGAGAGAAUACAUGAUGAAGAUUGUGCACCUCAUCACGCAGAAUAAGACGAUUACUGCUGAAGAGAUCCUCCACUUCGAAGACUUCAAGGACGUGUCGUUCGUACGCAAGUUCACUGCAACACUCCUCCCCCAUGCGGAAGGUAUCCUAACACCAAACGCCGCCAGAAGGAACGGAGCCGUUGACUAUGAAGAUAACUCGUUGCGCAGAUGCCGUCAAAUGCGACUAGGUACCCCCAUCCCAUGAUCUCUUGCAACACACGCACCGCUGACAUCCUUCGCACAACAAUCG